AUGAAGUUGUCAUCAAUUGAAGGUAGCUCAAGGAACGUGUUUCAAGAUCAAAAGAACGAGUUUUCUGAUGAUAGCCAUGUUCGACAGUCUAGUUUUAUAGCCGAUAUAGCUUUAGAUUCUUCAAAACCUAGUAACCAAGAACAUGGCCGAUUGAUAAUGCUUCAUAGUGAUGAGAAUAGAGACACUUCGCCGACAGUUCAUGAAAUGUCAACAAUCUGCAAUAGUUGGCAGAAUGGGGCAGCCGCCGCUUCAACUUCUAUUUCUUCACAGUUUAAUCAACAAAAUAAAGGCGUACUAACGACACUCAGUGUUGAUCAAGCCCAAACAAGCACAACCACAUCAUUGGUGGCUAGUGAAGUAUCCGCAAAAUUUAUUGGCAAUGAUAGUGAUCAAAAUCGGCAGCUUGAUUCGUCGGCUGAUUCUGUUUCUCUUGAGCAACUAGAUCAAGACCGUUUGAAGACACAAGAGGAGGAACGGGCUAAUAUGGGCAAUACCAAGUUGCCGGAAGUGAAGAGUGUCUCAGAAAAGGUGGUUGGUUGCAAUGAAGAGCAAAAUUGGCAGACCGAUUCUAGUAGCUGUCAACUUCAACGAACGAUUGCUUCUUCACAAGCCAAAAGAUGCUCCAAUACUGCAUGGAUUUAUGACAAGCGAGGUUCCACAAGUUCCAACAAUAAAAGCCGUAAAGAUAAGUCCACGCUUCAUUCUUUUUGUCACGCCGAUAGAGCCAAGUCUUGUGUUGAUGCCGAAUCCGAUGAGAAUCAAGAGGAGAGAUACAUUGCUUGGCUGGAUUAUAGUGCAGCUGUAGAAUGGAAGUUUGAGUUAACCGCUGAUCAGAGAUUCCUAAAAUCAUUAGUUAGUCAAGAGGAAAGGCGUUGCACUCGAGCUUAUGCUAAAAUUUUUGGGUCUACACCAAAGAGGAUUAGAGCAUUUUAUGUUGAAAAGAUAGUGGCCAAAAAGGAUGAUGAUAUGAAGCCAAAGGUUGAUGCGAAUAGCGAUGGCAACAAGGAUAAUCAUUUAAAGGAGGAUGACAUGUUGGAAAAGGGUCAAGCGCAGCUGAAAUUUGUUAAGCCGAUUGAAGAGCAACAGAUUCAAUCACAGUUAAAAGAUGAUCAGUUGGUUCAUGCGACAUUAAGUGAGACCAAUUUGGCAUCAACAAUCAACAAAGAAAAGAGCUGCAAGCAGACCGGUUCAAAUACAGUUAGUGGUUCUGCCAUCUCUUGCCCAGUUUUCAUACAGUUUGGCAGUCAACCUGAGGUAAGAUGCGACCAGCCAAUUACUUUUCUAUUGAUUUUGCAAGGUCAAGAUUUGUUAGUAGUGACUGUCAAGGAAGGUGCCAAGGAAAAUGGUUCUGAUAUAGUCAGUAGUGCUACCACAACAAAUCCAGUUCUUAAGAAGUUUAACUACCAAUUUGAGGUGCGGCACGAGAGGGUGACUACUUCUUCAUUGAAUUUUCAAUGCCGACACUUAUCAAUCGUUACAAAGGAGGUCAAGAACAAAGGUGCCGUUCCUGAUGUUAAAGUUCAAGAUGUCGAGAAGCAAAAAGUGAGCAGUGCUUUUAGUUCUCCUACUUCGAAUGGCUGA